GUGUUUAUCUCAGACAUGUGGUGUCUUGCUGGGGUGCAGCGCGCUGGUCACCCCGCACACACCUAGCACCAAUACUCACUGCCAUUUCUUCCUCAUGCCUGUUAGCACCAUGAACAAAGGGAAGACACGUGACAGGGGUCCAAAGCCCCCCAAGAAACCCAGACCCACACCCACCCCUGCCCCUGCCCCUGCACCUGCCACUGUCCCUCCCCCUGCCCCCAUGAUGCCCUCUGCAGCCAUCAAGGUGGAGAGUGUGGACCUGUCACCGCUGUGGAAGAAUUACCAGCCACGCUUCACAGUGCUUUUCAAUGCGGAAACAAAAUGGUACACUCUGAUUGCCAAGGAGACCAAGGGCAGGCCAGACCCCACUUCCCCCUCUGCCAAGGCCUGCCUGAAGGACUUGGCCGCCAAGAUACUGCAGCAGGAGGUUCAGAAUUAUGACAAGGCGGAGGCAUCUGGACCCAAGGGGCGUGACGUCAAGUUCCGGCAGACAGUGUUCAGCCACGGCACAUCACGGGACAAGGUGGCGGCCCAUGUGCUGCGCUGCAUGGAGGCGCCCCUGCACUCCCUCUCCAACCUCCGUGCCCUGGUGGCCCUCGUGACCCCCAAGGCCAAGGGCACAUUUGAGGACAUCCUGUCCUCCCUGACAGAGCUCUUCCAGACCACAUUCUUCCCUAAAGGAUGCCUGGUGCAGAGGUUUGAGUACCACAACUGCGCCUCCCUUGCCCCUCUUCUGAAGGACCGGGACAAGGCCGAGAGACAGCUGGCACUCUGGUACUAUGAGGACCAGCUGGCUGCCAUCUAUCAUCGCCUCAUCCACCAGCUGUCUGAGGUUUCCAAGGAGGAGGUGGAGCACAACAAGAUGCGAUCCAUUCGGGCCCUGGUGGAGCUGCUGGCCGCCAACCCCAGGCAGAACCUCUCCCAGAUCCUGCAGGUGGUGGCCAACAAGCUGGGUGACCCUGCACGGAAGGUGGCUGCCCAUGCUAUGUACUGCCUGCGCACCCUCUUGCAGCGGCGUCCGACCCUCAAGUCAAAGGUGCUGGCUGAGGUGGAGAUUAUGUUGUACAGGCCAAACAUCAACACCAAGGCUCAGUACUUUGGUCUCUGUUUCCUGAAGGACAUGAUUUUCAAACGAGGGGAUGAAAAAGUGGCGGCUGAAUUAGUGAAGCUGUAUUUUGGUUUCUUCAAGGCUUGCACUAAGAAGGGGGAGGUGGACACAAGGCUCAUGUCGGCACUGCUGCGUGGGCUGAACCGAGCCUUCCCAUACUCCGGCAUGGGGGGCGCAGCACUGGAGGAGCAGUUGGGCACCCUCUUCAAGCUGUGCCACAUGGUCAACUUCAACAUCGCCACCCAAGCACUGCAGCUGGUCUAUCAAGUCCUGUGCAGCACCAACGAGGGACAGAUAUCAGAUAGGUUCUACCAGGUGUUGUACCGGUGCCUGCAGGACCCUCUGUUUGGCACGGCGGCAGGCACCACAGCCUUCCUCAACCUGGUGUACAAGGCCCUCAGCAGUGACACAUCUGAUCCCCGCACCCUGGCCUUUUGCAAGCGACUUCUGCAGGUGAGCCAGUACCAGGGGCCUGCCGUGGCCUGUGGGGUGCUGUACCUGGUCUCAGAGGUGGUGAAAGAGAGGCCGUCCCUGGCACACUCCCUCUCCACCCUCCUCCGUGCCCCCCCCUCUGGCCCUGGCGAGCUGGAGGACGACCUUGAGGUGUUCCCUGAUGUGGAGGAUGAGGAUGUGAAGGAAAGUGAUUUGGAUGAGAAUGAAGACUUGGAUGAUGAGGGAGAGGAAGAUAUAAAGGAAGGUGAUUUGGAUAAGGAAGAGGAAGGGAGUGAGGAGAAGGAAGUGAUGAGGGUGAAGGAAGAGGACGUGAAGGAUGAUGAAACGGACGUGAAACAAGAACAGAUGGACGAGGAAGAUGACAAAAACAGCGACAUCAUUGAAAUCAAGAAGGAAAAAGGUGAUGAUGAUUUAAACACCACCACCGUCACCACCACAGAGGACACCAAGCCAGCCUUCACCACUACAUCCUCCUGGCACCACCUCUUGAACCCUGGUGGUGUAGGGGGUGGGGGGGUGAGUCACAGGGUGCAGUACGACCCCCACCACAGGAACCCCCUCUACUGUGGUGCCCAGUACUCCUCUUUGUGGGAACUGGGGUACCUCAAGGCACACUUCCACCCCUCCGUCGCAGUGUUUGCCAGCCGGGUGUUGGAGGGGCAACCGGUGGAGUACUCUGGUGACCCACUCCAGGACUUCACCCUCAUCAGGUUCCUUGAUAGAUUUGUCUACCGUAACCCCAAGAAGAUGGCCAGCAUGGGGAAAGAUAGUGCGGGUGGGGACGUGCUGGGGCGCCGCAACCAGUACGUGCCGCAGGGGGUUCGUGGCAUUGCCGUGAACACUGAGGAGUUCAGUGCCCUGGAGCCCCACCAAGUGCCUGAGGAUGAGGUGUUCUUCCACAGGUACUUCACUCAGUUCAAGGCAGGGGUGGCAAGGAAGGGUGUAGCGGGUGAGGCGGAGAGUGACAGCGAUGAUUCAGUGGAUGACGACGAAUUUGACACCUUCCUUGGCCAGGCGGAUGGUAGUGGUGGUGGUGGUGACGUGGAUGAGGAGAUGGAUUUUGCAGCUGGAGCGAAACCCAGAGGUGGUAGGAAAGGUCGGAAAGGCAAGGAUAAUGAAGGUGAAGGCGACAACAAUGAUGAUGGUGAUGACAAUGCUGAUGAUGAUGACUUUGAGGGGGGCUUUGGGAGUGAUGGUGAAGGCGAUGGUGAUGAAAUGGACUUUGGAGGAGAUGGUGAUGAUGAUGGUUUUGGUGGUGGUGGUAGUGGUGAUGAUGAUGACUUCGGCUUUGAUGAAGAAACUGCAGCAUUUUCAGAUGAUGAAUUCGAGGAGGGGCCGCCCAAGAAGAAGAUGAAGGGGAAUACAGUAGUGGGGAAGAAAGGCAAGAAGCAGAAGCAGCGCUGGGCGGAGGAGGGUGACGGGGACAAGGAGGGUCUGGGGGCCAUGUUUGCCAGCGCGGAGAGCUUUGCACACCUGCUGGAGGAGAACGAGGGUGCUGGUGACCCUGGCAGUGGCACCUCCCAGGCACUGGCCAACAGGGACCGUGCACAUGCCAAGCAGCUCACAUGGGAGGUGGAGAGGGACCGGAAGAUGAAGGAACAGAACUGGCGGGGCAAGAGGACGGGCCCGAGGAGAGGGGGAGGGAAGGGGCAGGGGAUGGGGCCCAGGAGAGGGGGAGGGGCAGGGGCCAAGAAGAUGGGGGGAGGGGCAGGGGCCAAGAAGAUGGGGGGAGUGGGGUUCAAGAGGUCAAGGGGAGGGGCUAAGAGAGGUGGUGGGAAUAUGAGGGGAAAGAGGGGAAGGAAAUAUUAAAGUGGGUUGUUUUUU